AUGAGUAUUCAGAUUUACGGUAACUCGGCGUUAAUCGGGAACAAGAAGAUUUCCGUUAUCGAGACCGACGAUGGAACAAUCUAUUUUGCAGCGAAAGAAUUUGCGGUCGCACUCGACUACGUCAAUCCAAAUGAUGCUGUUACCAGACUCACGAGGGAAAGAAUGAGGAUUGCAUUUAAGGAUAUUGAAGGGGUGCGGGAUUCCCGCACCCCUUGUAUACCCGGUGGUUUACAUCCUAACAAAAUAUUUGUUACUGAACCUGGUAUGUACGGCUUAUUAUGAGAUCCAACUUACCAGCCGCCGAAGAAUUCCAGGACUGGAUAUCUGAAGACGUUCUGCCCUCCAUAAGAAAAACAGGAAAAUAUAUGCUGCCGGGAGUGAUGCCGGCCAUCAAUAAUGUAAAGGAUGAGGGAUUACGUCAGCUUCCCGCCCCCGAAAAGGUAGAGGCGCGGGAUAAACUUGUUUGUAAAAGUGAUAUCGUUAAGAAUCAACGGAAAGUUGAAUCCGGUAGAAAAGGUGGAUUAGUCGCACAGGAAAAUAUUAGACAGCUUAAAAUAGAAUUAAGUGAAAAGGAAAUUAUAUUACUUGAAAAGGAAAUGGAGAUUUUGGAUUUUGAGGAAGAACGGGGUGAUCAGGACGAAAAUAUGGACGACCUUCAAGAAAAAGUAAAAGAUUUAAUGACUGAAAAUUAA